UGCAGGCGCCAGCAGGUCCCGGGCCGCGCGAGCAGGCAGACACACCAACAGACGGACGGAGGCGCGGGCGGACGGGCGGGCGGGGCUGCUCGGCGGGCGUCCGCUGCCCAGACAGACGCACGGAUAGCGGCCGGACUGCCGGACGGGGAGCCGGCGGGCGGGCGUCGCCGGGCGGGCCGGAGCGGCAGCGGCAGCGGCAGCGGCUGCAGCCGAGUCGCCGGGUCCCCGUGGCGGGCCGGGCAGGCGGGCAGGCCGGCGGGCGGCCCGGCUCGGGCCCGGAGCGGAGCGCGGCACAGGGGCGGGCGUGCGGGCGGGGCCCGCGGCCGGAGCCGCCACCAUGAUCGCUUUGUUCAACAAGCUGCUGGACUGGUUCAAGGCCCUGUUCUGGAAGGAGGAGAUGGAGCUCACGCUCGUGGGGCUGCAGUACUCGGGCAAGACCACCUUCGUCAACGUGAUCGCGUCAGGACAGUUCAAUGAAGACAUGAUCCCAACCGUAGGCUUCAACAUGCGCAAAAUCACCAAAGGGAACGUGACCAUCAAGCUCUGGGACAUCGGAGGCCAGCCCCGUUUCCGUAGCAUGUGGGAGCGAUACUGUCGUGGAGUGAGUGCCAUUGUGUACAUGGUGGAUGCCGCCGACCAGGAGAAGAUUGAGGCCUCCAAAAAUGAGUUACACAAUCUAUUGGACAAGCCCCAGCUGCAGGGAAUCCCGGUCCUCGUCCUGGGAAACAAGCGAGACCUUCCUGGUGCUCUGGAUGAGAAGGAGCUGAUUGAAAAAAUGAAUUUGUCCGCAAUCCAGGACCGAGAGAUCUGCUGCUAUUCUAUCUCCUGCAAAGAAAAAGAUAACAUCGACAUCACCCUACAGUGGCUUAUCCAACAUUCAAAGUCACGGAGAAGCUGAGACAGCGGUCCAUCCCUUCCCCCCGGACCAGGGACCGCCAUCAUCCAAACCUAAAGCCGUGUUCCUCACCGGCCCCUCCCGUCCCCCUUCCUCCUGCCCCCUCCUCAGUGUGUGCGGUGGCGGGGGACUCUCCAGGGACCCAGAGUACUGUUCUGCUGAGGUCUGAACUCCUGUUUUUAUUGUAAAGAAUACUGGUCCCACCUGGACCCGCUAACUUCUCCCCCUCUCUGCCCUUUGUUCCCUUCCGCCUAAUCCCUACAUCCCUCUCCCUGACCUUGCACCCCCUCUCCAGCCCCACUCUGCCCUUCCCAACACUGUUCAGUUACUGUCCUGUGUGUACAGUAUAUAUAUGUAUAUAUAUUUUAAUUUUUUAAUUUAAGCAAUGACUAAAAUCAACCAUAUGAUGAUGCCAGGGCCAGCAGGGGGUUAGGAGAGGCCAAAAAUCUUUAGGGAGGAAGAAAAGCUUUAGGGGAGGGGGAGCAUAAGGCUUGGAAAACAGGGAGGAGGCUGAUGUCCUGGGGCUGGACCCUGGCCCUGGCACUGGUGGCCAUCCUGCGCCCCUCUGCUCCCAACCUUGUGGGAUCCCCCGACCCCUUCCCUCCAGGUGGGGAGGGGCCAACAGGCACAAGCCAGCUGCCAAAGACCAUCCAUCCGGCAUCAGGGAUGAGAAUGCCAGCAUUGUCUUUCAGGCUUCCUCCCCUGGCCCCUCUUCUGCCUGCCCCAGGCUCUUUACCCCCAAAAAGGGCAGCUUGGCCAGCCCCCCUUCCCCCCUGCCCUGACUCCUGCCUGGGCCUCCCCAGCUCUCGCCCACCUCCCUUACUGGUCUUACUUUGCAGACUUGCACAAGGAGAGAGCUCAGCAUGGGGGAUUUUGGUUCUUUGGGGUUGGUUUUGUUUUUAUUUAAUGAAUUGUAAAGUGGCAUUUAUCUCCCCUUUUUUUACAACACUUUCUGGCUCACAUUGGAUUCCUUCUGUUGGAAAAUGACUCUUGUAACUGUACAAUUUUUUUUUUGGCCUCCUAAUAAUGAGAAUAAAUUAACAAUUUUGUGUUGGG